AUGAUCUCUGUCACUUACGUCGCCUCACGAAUCGCUAUAACUGGGUUCCUGUCGGUGUCAUUUUUCCCAAAAACCGUCAUCACUCCUACGCUUCAGGUUCUGCGCGACCCCAAGAAGGUUUCCGCUAAACGUUUCGUGUCGACGUUUUGCAUGUCAACCAUAAGCCUUCUUCUGGCCGCCGACGAAGUCGCACGAAGGUUUCUCGCCCACGAAACACAUGCACCCUUCACUGGCGCUAACGCUACUGACGACACGCCCACUGCUCUGAGUGGUCGCCCGCCCUCCGACUUAGAACUUCCAGACGACCACGAACCCUCAAAAGAACGAAAGGUCGACGAUCCAUGCACGACAGAAUCCCCAGUUUCAGCUUCGCCAUCUUUCCUUCAUUCUUUUUCACCAUCUUCGUCAACUGUAUUCAAUCCCGACUCGACGCCUUCCACCAUUAUCGAUUUGCCAAUCCCCCCCUCUAGUUAUUGUAACCGACUGUCAAUCUUGUCUGACAACACCCUCAUGGACGACCACGACGACAUGUCCUCCGACGACACCUCGUACACGAAAGACCUUGAGUGGUCUGGUGACGAAAGGACUUUCCACGAGGACGACUAUAUUACAUCACACCCUACGCAUGUAUCAGCACACCCUAUCGCAGCGGCCGUUCCGAUUACAGCACAACUUACGCCUGAACCAACACACCUUUCGCAUGCAUCACCACACCCUACACACGAACCACCACACCCUACGCACGAAGCAGCACUCGCACGCACUACCCACGAUAAGCACGGACGCCACUUCGACAUUCUACCCCCAGCAACAACAACCAUCGCCAUCCUACCCCCAACAAUCACAACCAUCGUCAUCGACCAAGGUCCUCUUCGUCUGUCGAACAUUCGACCAUAUGCUCUAGUGGAUGAAAUUCAGACGACCUCGAUGAGUACUAACCUUCCUCUUCCCCGAUAUGUCCACCCCAAGGACAUAUUGCUCCAGAAGCCAAAGGCCACGCUCUCCCUCCGCAAGCUCAAGUUUGGCAUACAGGAAAAGCGCACACCUAGAGUUUCUCGAUUAAACGCUGCCUGCGGCAGCAUCAUGCGUUCUCGCUCCAGGCGACACGCCAACGUGAUCGUAGGUCACCUCACGCAAGAGUACGAACGGAUUCGCGCGGACCACACUGUUCUCUUUGACGACUGGGUUGCUAGAAUGGCGGAGGUGGGACUCACCUCGGUGCUGACCGGACACCCAGCGCCACCAGGAUCCCCGCCUCCUCCCAAAGUUGAUACAACUCCAGCUUCAGAGCCUGGUUCACGGAUCAAGGCCCGCCUUGCAUCACUCCGCCAACGAACACAUCCAAUUGUAGCGGCAAUUCCAGCCACCACCUCACCAUCUUCAUUUCCUGGCAACUCAUGUCCUGAUAUUAACUUCACAAAUCACCAUUUUACGCCUGCCCAUCACUUCACUUUGGCGCCAAGAACUUCACCACCUAGCACAGGGUCAACAAUAUCACAGACCACGAGAACCGAACUGAAGAACUCGCCACGAUGUCGCAUUAAGAAGACGACCAUUUCAUGA